GACUUUUUCUCCUGCCCUCUCCCCACUGUGGCUCUUUUGUUCAUUCAGGGGGGGCUGCAAAGCUAUUUUCUUGCUUGACUGGAGAUGGAAGUACCAGGAGCGACUUCCACACAAGACUCAGUACGUGGAUCGCUUUAGCAUGAUCUCAAAAAAAGCUUUUUACGUAAUUACUUUGUUGCAUCUGAAGCUAGUGGAUACUCAUUUGCAAUUAACUGAUAUGUGGUAGGUAACUUGCAGGUUUAUUAGGUUGAAAACGAGCCGUCCACCGCAGCCUGGAAGGUACCACCCUGCCAACAGGACAUUUUUGACAUUUCACACGGUAACCAAGGGGACACCUCCUUUAAUCUCAUUGGCUGGUUGCCUGAAAGCCCAGCAUGGCGGCGCUGGAUUGGGAGAGCUGGUGGAAGUCACCCAAUCUUUGGGCCUGGGCGGGGCAUCACCGUGGAGAAGCACAGGGUCGGAGAAGAUCUGGGGAUGAGGGGUACAGGGAGUACCUGAAGAGCCAGGUCAAGGCCCGGGUCCGGGGUUCGAGGCCACAAAGCUGCAUAGAGGGGGCUGUAGGGGGGCUGGAAGGGUGGCUACAGCCCCCAGGGAGGGGGAACAGUACCUCCCUUCAAAGUGUCGGGCAGUUCCUCUCUGAAAAAACCGUGUCCAUGCCAGUCCUGGAUUUGGCACCCAAGUCGACAGGCGCCUGGAGAGCCACGAGCCGCCGGCCACCCAGCCCAUGUGACACAGAGUUCCUAUUGGCUGGGAGGCAGCGCAGGAAUUUGGAGGCCUUAGGGCGCUGGGAGACCGCCCGCGUGAAGGAUCUCCCCAGCAGCCAGACGGCCAGGCCCUGCUCCAUGACCGCCAUUAAGAGCGGCUGGCUACCCAGCCAGAAGAGGGUGGCGGUGUGCAGUGUCCCCGGCCGCCCCGCCCCCGCCGAGGAGCCGCACUGCUGGGCCACAUUGAAUCCUAACACUGCCUCAGGAAUCCCUGAAGCUCUCCCAAGAAAGAAUGCUUUUGGACAUACAGGUGAAGAGAUGGUGGGAUCGUGCCCCCGCUGGCGCGGGCCGGCCAGUACGCCGGGUCCGGCUCCAGUCCGAACCGACCAGGUACGGGAGGGGAGUCCUGCUUCGGUGGCAAAUCAUUCUCCACCCGGUCAGCUGAAGGAGCGGCAGAGAAUUUGGCAGGGCGCCUCCCUCAGGGCGGGGCAGGAAGCGCUCUCAGGUGGCUACUCUCUCCAUGGAAUGGCGAGCUCACCUGGGCAAUCAGCCGUCGUGGCGCCACCUGCUGUCGGCGCUGCGAAUCGCCCCAAGUCAAGGUCAGGCUUCUCCUCCAUCACGAUCGCCUCACGGAAGGUGCCCCUUUCAACUGGCACCCCGGGCACAAGCCAGCCCGUCAUGUCUGCAAGGUCCAUCCGCACCGGAGCGCGAUGCGACACCCCUGUGGACCCCUCAAGGCAACCGGUCACCAGUCAGAGAAAGGCGACUAUCAUCAAGGUGACCGGUCGCAGGCAGAGUCUCCCUGCGGCGCAGCCGCUCGCCGCCAUGCGCCCGCCCGCUUUCUGGCACGGCCGCGCCGGGUGGGGAGAUGAACAAAACGACUCGUCACCCUGGCAUGGUGUUUGGGCCGGUGCCCCUCCAGAGGCGUUGGAGCCCCCUGCCCGCCCCACCCUGUUCCUGAGUAACCCAGACGUCUCGCAGGAGGGCAAACCGACGGUACACAGGUCCACCUUAUGCCUUUACCUAAAAAGCCCUGUUGGUAGAGGGUCAGCCCUGGAAGGGAAGGAGACGGAGGCCUCAGUUCGCCCCAGGAGGCCCCUGAGCUUUGCCGGAGGCCUCGGACUCGGAGGCCCGUAUGAGGCAGAAAUGCUGCAUCCGAGGCGAGCCAGCCUCCAGCUUCCUGGGCACGGCGGGACAGGCUGCAGUAUGGACACACUCGCUUCUGCGGCAGGCCUGUCAUGCAGCAAUGCGGCCUGCACUCCCAUGCAACCCCACAGCUCUGCUGAAAAGGCUCUCGCUGAAGCCCGAGAUCGUGGCGCAUACCAAAGUCCGGAUGUCGCCUUGAGUGCUGCUGUGGUUAUAGCUAAUAUAAAAUGGCAGAGUCGGCUGAGGAAGAUGGUAGCUGGUGCCCAGGCCGAGGGCUCGGAGGUGCCCCCCCACGCCGCCUGCACUCUGGCAGGUCUGGGGCUCCCUGGAGCAGACCACUCUGGACCCUGCCCAGAAGUGGAGGAUGCUGGGAGUGACCGGAUGACUGAGGAGGUGCCUGUCCCUUCCCACCCUGAGGUGCGGGACAGCCCUCAGAAAGACCUCACCCUGCAAGAGGCCCUGCAGCGUUUCCGGCCCGAUUUCAUCCGUCGCUCCCGUGGCCGGCAGAAGGAGCUGGAGCAGCGUGCGCUGGAGAGACGGGCUCAGCGAGGUCCAGACCCCGCUCAGACCUUGGGCCGCGGUGGCACCAGAAGCAGUCCGCUCCGCAGUAACCCUCGAAAGCCCAAGCAAGGAGCCAUCGGCGGCGAGAAGGUGCUUCAUUCAUGCAGAAGGAAUGACAGACGCCCGUCUGAAACCAAGAAGAAGGGAGAGGAGGAGGAAAAAAAGAGAGUGAUGACGCAGACCAACAGGAUGAGAGCAGAGAUUUUUAAAAAGAAGUUACUGGAUCAGAUUCUUCGGAGGAAGACUGACUGAAAGGACCUGGGGACGGACUGCUGCUACGAACACCCUCCCCAAAGAGCCGAUUCAGCUCUGUCCCCCCAUCCCAUUCCAUCCCACCCCCGCUCAGAUCAGACCGGUUUCACCUGCAAGCCAUUCAGGAUUCCCUUUGAAAACCCGGCCUUAAGAUGCGCCACAUUCACCUGGCUCUCAGCCAGCCGCAGUUCCUCGAUCGCUUUUCCCUUUGAGGAGUCAUUUCGCGUUAUUAGGGGUGAGACACCGGUGGGCGCGUGCAGAGGGAGACGCACUCAUGAGGGGACAUUAAGGCCCGCAUAGAGCUAAUGGCACUUUAUCAGCCAAUCCCGUCACUCCCUUUGUGUCGCCGCUCGCUUGCCAUUCAACUGAGGAGUUGUGCAUUCAUUAUGAGGAGGCGCCUGUGGGUUUAGAUACAGGCAGAUCAAGGGGAGUUUUAGGGGAGCGUGGCCACGGAGAAGCAUCAGACCAGCGGGCCAGCGUCCCCAAAGUCAUGCUGCCUGCAGCUCUGCAAGCCCAGUGCUGCCACCUUAAUGUAAUGCUGUGUAAUAGCUAGUCAUUAGAGGUGGCACGGUGGUGCAGUGGUUGGCAUUGUUGCCUCACACCUGCUGAGGCCAGGGUUCGAGUCUUGGCUAUGGUUCCACACGUCCGGAGUUUGCAUGUUCUCCCUGUAUCAGCGUGAGGUUUCCUCUGGGUGCUCCGCUCCUGCUCAAAAAACGUGCUGAGGCUAUUGGAGUUACCAAAUUGCCUGUAGGAGUGAGUGAAUGGUAUGUGAGUUUGUCCUGUGAUGGGUUAUAGAAAAUACGUGGAUGGAUAGUUUGUACUUGCCCUUGUCGCUCCGCAAGGAGCACAUUGCACUAAUAAUGCAAAGGUUGUGGGGUCAAGUCCAGCAGAGCACACAUAAAUGAUGACCCUUCCUUCAACUGUAAAUUACUCUGGAUGAAGGGGUCAGAUGAAUGAAAUUUAAAACGUCUGGCUUAUCAGUGCUGUGUUACAACACCGUGAUUUCGUAAUGGCAAAGAAUGUAACCAACUUGGGUUCAGCCAGAUUAGAACGGUUGGGUUUCUAGGCUCAGCAACGCAAGGUUCUUGAUGUUUAUAAGGUGAUGAAAUAAGUCAAUAUACACAGAUAUCUGCUAGAAAUCCGCUCCACGUUGCAUAGCGCUUUUGUGCUUCAUACUGUUCAAAGAUUACUUCCUAAUGUUGAUCUUAUGAGAGUGUAGCAUGUCAACAAACUUACACAAAAAAAUGUGGUCCUUUCAGAUGUAUCUGUAUUAAAGUUUGCUUUGACAAA